AUGGUGCUCGAAGGUAUUGCGUCGGCGCUGAUCAAAAAGCUCGCCGCGCGCUUCAUCAAGGAUUUCAAGCAAGAGAACUUGCGCAUUAGCCUCCGCGGCGAAAUAUGCAUCGACAACUUUGAGCUGCGCAUGGAUGAAAUCGUCGAUCUCCAACUUCCGAUCGAGCCAAAGAGCGUCUUCAUCGGGCACCUUCGCACCAACGUCCUUGCAGCCGAACUCACGUCGCAGCCGCUUCACAUCCAACUGGCCGACGUUGUCCUGCUCGUGGGCACCCCCGUGAUGCGUGCCAGCGAUAGUACCGAGGCCAUGGACUUCGCGCAUCAAUCGCAGAUCGACUGGCUCGUGCGACUUCUCGAUGAGAAGACGUCCGAGGUCCCCGUCAACGGACCCUCAAAAACGUCGCUGGGCUGGUUCAACCGCUUCCGCGAUGCUUUCGUCAGUAUCGAGCGCCUCCAUCUGCGCUUCGAAGACACUCUGAGCAGUCUCAGCUUUGGCAUUCAAGUCGACGGCGUCGUUUUGCAGCCGCCUCGCAUCACAUCGUCCUCGUCUCCCGACGUUCCUAAUGACGCAACUGCAAAGCGAGUGCUGUUGUCAAAAACGAUCGCACUUACGAACCUCAGCAUGUACGUGCAGCGCGACCACAUUUUUGAGUCGGCCAUCAAGGUGCCCACCGACACACUGUACGUGAUCGAUCCGUCCCAGUACAUUCUGGAGCCAUGCAACAUUACACUCGAGCUGCGCAUCUCGCAAGAGGUGCAACUCCAAGUGCGCAUCGAGGUUCCGCACAUGACAAUGCAACUGCCUCUGGGACACCUCCAGAGCUUGAACGAGCUGCUCGAAAGUUUGGACUUGACCAUGCGACGACGACUCUAUCGACGCUUUCGCCCGCCGACGCUCGGGGUCAAGAGCAACGCUGGUGCGUGGUGGAGGUAUGCCAUCACGGCUGUGCUGCUGGACCUGCAAGAUCCUGUGCGUCACCGGCCAAGCUGGCGACAAACACUCAACUUGAUCUUUCUUGGCCUCCAGUACACGGCGCUGCGUCGCUACUUGGCGCCGUACAUUGUGCGCAAGCCUUGGCGCCCCCACGACUACUUCUUGCAUUACAAGGAAGAGCUGGCGCCACUGGCUCGGAGCAAGUCAGCACCACCGAUCGACGCCUUCGCCGCCGUUGAGUAUUUGCCUCGCAGUGUCACCCACUACAGCCGCGGGGUCUACGCGGGUGUCUACGGCCUCGGACGGCGGUUUGCAGCUCGAAAGCAUCACCCGACGAUGUUGCCGCCGGAGGAGCUUGUUCCGCUACUCUUCACACGCCAACAGUAUCUGGACGCUUGUUUUCGACCAAUUGUGGUCGCCAAGCUGCGCCGUCUCGCUCUUGAUCAGUGCCAUCACCAGGUGCAGACAUGCAACAGAGCCACCAAGCGCCACAAUCAAGAGCCCGGUGUCCUCACCAUCACACUCGUGCGGGCCUCCAUGGAGCUCGACAGGUUUCCAUCCUCCGCGUCAUCGUUAUUUGUCGUCGCGAACAUCAAGGUGGGAGCCCGCGGUGUUGCGUACAUGGGACCGCCUGUGCACGCGUCAACGUCGCCGCGCACCUGCGGGUUUCCGUUUUUGUGGCGGCCGCAAAAAUCCACGUGCGACUGCAUUUUGGCACAAACGUUCGAGUUUCACUUGCGUGGGUCCGUCGACGAAGACGCGCUCUACAUAGAGCUGCUUGACCGAUGGCCUAUCCAGUACCUAAACCAAAGUCUCGCGACGGCAUCCAUCUCGCUUCUCGAGUGCACCAGUGGUACGCCGAUGGAGACAAACACGUCAGUGGUCCUUGAUGGCAACCGCGGCCAGCUCCACGUUCUCACGAGCUUCGUGCCGUCUCGGGCGGUGUCGACACCAUUUCCGACGUCGCAAGCGAUGCUUCGGCAGCUGUACCCGUCGUUGUACCACAAGGAGGAAGAGCCAUUUCAGGCCCAACUUGGCACUUCAUCAAGGAGCUAUGUAGAGCUGCAGUGCUGCGGCGCGCACGUCACCCUCCAAGACAUUACACAGCUGGACCUUCGUCGCCAAACGCUGCAAUGCUUCGUCGAGACAGUAGAUGUGCUCUACGGCGGCGCGUCGUCACUGACGUUUAGCUCGACGCCGAGCGUGCGAUUCUCGUACGUCGAUGCGACCAACGUCGGUGCUCGAACGCUCACGAUGCAGCUGACCGUUCCGGACGUCGCGGUCGCGCUGGGUCUCCCGGUCGCUUUGCGUCUCUACUUGGACUCGAUGCGCUGGAGCGCAAUGUUGUCGCGCCUCGUGGCGUUGUUGGCGUCACCCAUUUACGGUCCGUUCGGUCUCUGGGUGGCGCCGGCGCCCAUGGCCGUCGAGCCUCCCAAGCACGCCUCGGCGCCGUCGAUCGACACGACUGUUUCGAUGGGCGCUGCGACGCUUUCCAUUUCGGACUUUGCGUCUGUGACCCUACCGGCAUUGCAAUGCGACAUUACAACUUGCUGCAACGAUGCGAGGACAGCCGUGGCGAUCAACGGCCGCUCUGUCGCAACUCUCAUCUGGGAUCAUUGGAGUGACAUCCAGCAAGAGAUGCACGAAUUGCUCCGCACGGACGUUGCUCCAAGCGCAAUUGCUCGGCCUCCAUCUCGCCCGGCGUCCGCGUGGUUCUUGAAGCAAGGCAUUGGCAUUCUGCAGCACGACGUCAGCUCCAAGAAGCCGCAGGAGCGCGUGUUGUACGUCGACCAACUGGAAACGACGUUGUUUCUCGCCACGUCGCGCUGGGCGUCGUCGCCCACUGCACUGCCACUCGUUUCGGUGGACGCGAUAUUACCAGGUAUCAAGACGGCGGCGCUGCGACGCUCGGGGCUGCCGGAGAACGCGGAUUUGUACCUCUCGGUUUUUUCACAGGCGCGCGUUGUUAGCGUCGAGUGCAUCAGCCGCACGAGCCAACGUCAGACGCGAUCGCUUCUGCAAGACCUCGUCGCCAACGCCAAGGCGAACGAGUGCCUGUCGUCUUAG